UUUCCCACUUGAACUCCCCCACCCGGACACAAAUGGAUCUGAUUAACUUUUUCUAGCCAUAUUUACAAGAAGUCGUUGGGUCCAAGCAACGGUUUCUCUUUCUCUUUCUCUUUCUAGAAAGAGAGAGAGAGAGAGAGAUAGCUUCAAUGGCCGCGAAGCUAUCGUCGUGUUUUCUGAGCCAUGGAUGGAAUGUCCUCAACUGUAAGCACUCCAAUCUACGCCUCUCUCCUUUACCUUCUUACCGUUCGCUUCCAGCCUCGUGUAAGAUGCGACAGCGUAAUUUCAGUUCACAACAAAAGAGACCAGCAAGAAAAGUCUCUCCUGGACAGCUUCCGACAAAUGCAAACUUGAGGACAAAUGUUGACGAGGACUCUGAAUCAGAAACCCCUUUGACAGAUAAAAUCUCGAGUUUCAAUCGUGAACAUAUAUCUGAUGAUGAUGUUGAUCUUAUUAUAGCCACUGAGGAUACAAAUGAGAAAGAUUUGAACAGUCUGACUCUGCUGAAUGAGAUUCAACCCUUGCAGUCAAUGGAUGCAGAUGAUGGAGAGCAACUCUCAAGCAUUCAUCAUCAGGAUUUGAUUGGCAUGAUAAGGAAUGCGGAGAAAAAUAUACUUCUUCUCAACCAAGCUCGUGUUAGUGCACUUGAAGAUCUUGAAAUGAUUCUCAAUGAGAAGCAGACUUUACAAGGAGAAAUCAACAUUUUAGAGAUGAAACUGGCAGAAACUGAUGCCCGGGUCAAAGUUGCUGCCCAACAAAAGAUACAUGUGGAACUUAUGGAAGACCAGUUGGAGAAGCUACGAAGUGAACUAUCUACAAGGGGUGGCACUGGUGCAGGCAAGCAAGACGUGCAUGAAGUAGUCCCCCUGUUGCAUAAUAAUAGUGUUCAUUCCCUCCAUGAGGAGCUUAGUUCAUUGAGGAAAGAAAAUAUGUCCCUGAAGGAUGAUCUAGAAGCACUGAAAGCAGAGUUUGGUGAUGUUAAGGGAACUGACGAUCGUGUUCUAAUUCUGGAGGAAGAACGUUCAUCCUUGGAAUCUGCUCUGAAAGAGUUGGAGCUUAAACUUGCUGUCUCUCAGGAAGAUGUUUCAAAACUUUCUACUUUGAAGUUUGAAUGCAAGAACUUGUGGGAAAAGGUAGAGCACUUGCAGGCAUUGCUAGAUAAGGCAACUGAACAGGCAGAUCAAGCUAUUUCAGUGUUACAGCAAAACCAGGAGCUCCGGAAGAAGGUUGAUAGGUUGGAAGGAUCUCUUGAAGAAGCUAAUGUCUAUAAAUCAUCAUCAGAGAAAUUGCAACAAUAUAAUGAACUAAUGCAACAGAAGAUAAAGCUUCUGGAAGAGCGCCUUCAAAGGUCUGAUGAGGAGAUACAUUCUUGUGUCGAGCUAUAUCAAGAAUCUGUGAAAGAGUUUCAAGAGACACUCAAUAGUUUGAAAGAAGAAAGCAAGAGAAGAGCAGUGGAUGAACCUGUGGAUCAUAUGCCUUGGGACUUCUGGAGUCGUUUAUUGCUUAUGAUUGAUGGAUGGUUUCUUGAGAAGAAAAUCUCAACUAACGAUGCAAAGCUGUUGAGGGAAAUGGUGUGGAAGAGAGAUGGAAGUAUUUGCGAUGCAUACAUGGCGUGCAAAGAGAAGAAUGAGCAUGAAGCUAUUGCUACAUUUCUGAGACUGACAUCAUCAUCAACACGUGCAGGAUUGCAUGUCAUUCAUAUUGCAGCAGAGAUGGCCCCAGUUGCUAAGGUGGGCGGUUUAGGGGAUGUCGUGACUGGUCUCGGUAAAGCAUUACAGAAGAGAGGACAUCUUGUUGAAAUUGUUCUUCCUAAGUAUGAUUGCAUGCAAUAUGAAUGUAUUCGUGACUUAAGGGCCCUGGAUGUGGUAGUAGAGUCAUACUUUGAUGGUCGCCUUUUCAAAAAUAAGGUCUGGGUUGGCACUGUUGAAGGCCUUCCUGUCUAUUUUAUUGAGCCUCAUCAUCCUGGUAAUUUUUUUUGGAGGGGAGAGGUUUAUGGGGAGCAUGAUGACUUUAAACGUUUCUCAUUCUUUAGCAGGGCAGCCCUUGAGUUGCUUUUUCAAGCUGGCAAGAAACCAGACAUAAUUCAUUGCCAUGAUUGGCAGACAGCUUUUGUUGCACCCCUUUAUUGGGAUCUAUAUGCACCAAAAGGAUUAAAUUCAGCUAGAAUAUGCUUUACGUGUCACAAUUUUGAAUACCAAGGGAGUGCUCCUGCUUCAGAAUUGGCAUCCUGUGGUCUUGAUGUUCACCAGCUAAAUAGACCAGAUAGGAUGCAAGACAACUCGGCACAUGACAGGGUCAAUCCUGUUAAGGGUGCAAUUGUGUUCUCUAACAUUGUGACAACAGUUUCACCAACCUAUGCACAAGAGGUGCGGACUGCUGAGCAAGGACGAGGCCUUCAUGUGACCCUUAAUUCUCACGCUAAAAAGUUCAUAGGAAUUUUGAAUGGAAUUGAUACUGAUGUAUGGAAUCCUGCAGCUGAUACUUCUCUCAAAGUUCAGUACAGUGCCAAUGAUCUUCAGGGGAAAGCAGAAAACAAAGAAGCUAUAAGAAGGCAUCUUGGUCUUUCUUCUGCAGAUGUCAGGCAGCCAUUGGUUGGUUGCAUUACAAGAUUGGUGCCACAGAAGGGCGUGCAUCUUAUUAGACAUGCAAUAUAUCGGACAAUGGAGCUGGGAGGACAGUUUGUACUCUUGGGUUCAAGCCCAGUACCACAUAUUCAGAGAGAAUUCGAAGAAAUUGCGAACCAUUUUCAGAGUCACAAACAUGUUCGGUUAAUAUUGAAGUAUGAUGAGUCUCUUUCCCACUUAAUUUUUGCAGCAUCUGACAUGUUCAUUAUCCCAUCUAUCUUUGAGCCUUGCGGCCUUACACAGAUGAUAGCAAUGAAAUAUGGUUCUGUCCCAAUUGCACGAAAAACAGGGGGUUUAAAUGACAGUGUUUUCGAUGUUGAUGAUGAUACCAUACCGACUCAGUUUAGAAAUGGAUUUACAUUUUUGUUACCUGAUGAACAGGGAGUGAACAGUGCUUUGGAACGUGCAUUGAACCACUAUAAGAACAAUAGUCGGAGUUGGCAAGAGCUUGUUGAGAAGGUAAUGAGAAUAGACUUCAGUUGGGACUCAUCAGCAUCACUUUAUGAGGAGCUUUAUGAGAAAUCAGUAACCAGAGCAAGGAGCACCAGAAGUCCUGUUUAAGCUUCGUUUUGGCACUUAUUCUGACAUCCCUUCUGCCAAGGCAGGUUUGCAAUACAAGAUGUCUGUCAUAGAAUUGCUUCUGGAAAUUGGGUGAACUGUCAUAUCAGAUUGCUUGUUGAUCCGUUGACAUUGAUUUAGAUUGGCAACAGUAGCAAGUACAUAUAUAUAUCUAAAGUCAGAUAGCAAAAGGCUUUUGAAAUCUGUGAAUCCUUCAAGGGUUGAAGCCGAGUACAGAUUUUACUAUUUUCACCUUCCCUGUUUUUUCAUUGGUUACUAAUAGAUAACCAUGUCGAUUUUGUUUAUAUGAUAAACCUCCAUUUUGCAGCUGAUGUAUACAUCACAUUUGUAUAUUGUUGUUCAAAGUGAUUUUCUAGUGAGAAUCACCCCCUUUUGAACCGACGAUACAUUAUUUACUUAUUAAACAUGUACGACUUACACAUAUGAGAUCUGGCUAUAUGUAUUCAUAAAUAAAUUUUUUUGUUCUUCGUCCA